AUGGUUACAAUCUUACAUGUGGAUCGUCAUGUUGAUGUGCUUGUGAAGAAAUCCUCAGGUGGAGUAUUGUUGCCCAAAUCGGCUGUGAAAUUCAAGAGGUACCUAAUGGGCAAGGUUCUCUCUCUUGGGUCUGAGGUUGGAGAAGUAAAGCCUGGCAAGAAGGCAGCUCCUAGAGAGAAAAAUAGACAAUCAGUGUCUAUGUUUCAUCCUAUAAAAUUUGUAAAGGAUUAUGUUCCAGAUCCACUCAAAGCUCAGGUGUUGUGUUGGCUAGCUGGAAGAGGCUUAAGCCAAGAGUUCAUGCUCCAACAGCACCACACGUGA